CCCGGAUGGUGGAAGGCUGACGCAGAUUAAACACUUUAAGAUGAGAAAAGUUGAUCUUUGUUUAAGCUCUGAAGGGACUGAAGUUAUUUUAGCUACAUCAAGUGAUGAAAAACACCCACCUGAAAAUAUGAUUGAUGGAAAUCCAGAAACUUUUUGGACCACCACAGGAAUGUUUCCCCAAGAGUUCAUUAUAUGUUUUCACAAACAUGUGAGGAUUGAAAAGCUUGUAAUCCAGAGUUACUUUGUGCGGACCUUAAGGAUUGAAAAGAGUACUUCUAAAGAGCCAGUUGAUUUUGAGCAAUGGAUUGAAAGAGAUCUAGUACAUACAGAGGGGCAGCUUCAAAAUGAAGAAAUUUUGGCACGUGAUGGCCACGUUACUUACUUGAGAUUCAUUAUUGUAUCAGCCUUUGAUCAUUUUGCAUCUGUGCAUAGCGUUUCUGCAGAGGGAGUAGCAGUCUCAAAUCUUUCUUAGUAAUUAUAAUAUACCCAUGCACUAUUUUUUAACAGUAUAUUUAUUUAAACAUGAAGUUGUCAUUAUUAAAGGAAUUUGUAUCAAAAAAAAAAAAAAAA